AUGACGCAGACCCUUCAAUCCGCUGCCUCAAACAUUGAAAAGUUUACUAAAGCAGGAGACGAUCCCAUAGGUGCAGUACAGGGAGCACUCAAUAUGGUCGGACAGUUUGCAGCACUUGCUGGUCCCACUGGACAAAUUGUUGCCGUAGCUUUGAGCUUCGUCUCUGGGUUUCUGAGUCUUUUUGGAAUAGGAGGAAAGAAAAAGAAAUCUCUCGGGCAAAUCGUAAGAGAAGAAAUAGACGAGGCAUUGGCUCAGUUUUACGAGCAGGACCUCAGUAAUCAGGCUCGAGGUAUCGCUAAAACAUUCGACGUUACGAAGGCAUACGUGGAUAGGCUUGCUCAGUCAGGCAAUAAGCUCACCAAAGCCCAAGCAGAGUCACUUGAGAGGAACGUGCCAAUGUAUAUUGGCCUUGAAUUUAUGGGAACAUUGGCAAGUGAGAUAGACCGACUUCUUAGGGCCAAUAAGAGAAACAAGGCAAAAAAGACAUUGAGAUACAUCGAGCUGUAUGCAAAGAUGGCAGUUCUGAAGGACGUGAUUAUUCAGGAGGUGGCCACUUUGUUGCCAGACGAGCUUGAACCCAACCGACAAGCCUUGUUUGCCGCUCAGAUCGGUCUACGCGAUCAGCAAAAGAACCUCAUUCAAUUUCUUCGCGCUGGUCGUUUCGAUAAGAGUCAUAAUAAGAUGGCGGUGAAUUACUUUGACCCAGAUGUGAACCCAGUAACAGAUGCCUCUAUGACCGCUGUGUUGAAAAUACCAGAUUACGAUCGUUCCAUGGCAGGAAUAUGGUGUCUAACACCAGUCAUUUAUGGUAAAAGGGAGUUGCCGAUCACUUGGUUUAGAAGUCAUGGCAGGUUAAUGGUGGAAAAUCAUCCUUACAUCAGUCCCUACAAUGAAGGCUGCUUUUGGAAACUCAUCCCCCAUGGUAACCACCUCUAUACAGUUGUCAACACCUACGGAGGUCGUAAGUACGACCACUAUGGUCAGUACCUGUCGUUUGACACAUUAUCCAGGGGUAGAAGCAGGCUGACAGUUGAGGGCGACGCAGAUCUUUGGGAAAUCUACGGCAAUCAUCAAAAGAGGUAACUAAGUCCGGGAAAUUUUCACAAGCAUCUCUCUCUCCCGUCCUCACAAACACAAGUACAAAUCAGUUACUAUCGCGCCGCUUUUUUUAUUCACCUAUAUUUAGAUCACAUUCGGUGAUCUUCUUCAGGGUGACUAACUAGCUGUUAACGUAUCUGAAACGUACAUCACUCAUUUAGAUUGCUAAAUUGCCAAGGCAAGGCACGUGUAACACAACUAAAAUGACUGCUAUUUUAAACAGCUUAACGAAAAUGUUGCGUCAUCCCUUGCGCACGCCCACACCGGUCUUUCUGUUCUGGCCAUAAAAACCAUCAUCUUCACGAAGUCCCGAGGCCGGGCGAAGCGUUCUUAGUUUAUACAGCAAUUGUCCUUUCUUAUUCCUCAACUCUUUCUCUCCUAUGGCCCUGUCUAUCAACUAUAUACUCACAUAUUCUAGAAAGUGUUAGUAUACACACAGGAGCCUUUUUAGGGCCCUAAUAUAAUAUUGGCUGACUUUUAAUAGACUUAGAUAAUAUCUUUACAGGAUCCGCAGUAAAUGGGGCUGUGACUCGUCGGGUAACAAGUGGUGCAACAGACAGAUACAACCUCAGAUAGAGUCAAGUGGAGGGUGGAGUCCGAAGAGAGUAACCACCUUUGGUUUGACUUCAAGUAACGUUGGUUAUAUUUGGUGGAUUACAAAGGUACGUGUAAACAAAUUCGAAGGUCGAUCUCAAUAAAUAAGCAAAUAAAUAAAUAAGUACUUAAAUAAAUAUAAAAAUAGGACACUAGUGGGGUAAAUGAAGACGUCAUUUCCAUAGGAUUGUGAAACAAAAUAUAUUAAAUAACCCAUGUCCGCUUUCUGCGGUGCGAAAAAGUUCUUGGUUUAAAACUCCAGAUUUAUGACUUAUUUUGUUGAGCCUUACAGGAAUUCGGGGAAAGCUUUCACCUUAAUUAUAAUUUAAUUGUAUGACAACUAUCAUUUUUUAUCAGCAAUUACACAGCUCGGAGCAUGUUUUCUUUUAAUAAUCUUUAUUCGCACAGGGCUAAGGAAGUUAUAGUGAGUGUUAAGAUAGUUGUCCGGCAUGAGGGAGGUGGGACAUUUUUUUUCCGAUUACACAUUUCUCGACCCACAUUUGGUGUGUGCCGAUGUCCUUGUGAAGUCACAUAGUCACAUAAGAUCUUACGGAUAAGCGAUUAGGGAAGAUUAGCGGGAUCACUUUAGGUUUCUUGGAAUCUGCCCAUCUACCCCUCCCCUAAGCCAACAUUUUGCUCUAAACGAGAACUAAGGAGGAAAAGAGGGAGGAGAAAAGCAUGCAAGGCCAAUAAUACCAAUGGUGAUCAGUCAAGAUACCUUCUAUGAUAAACAAGUUUUAUUUGUGAUUUUCUUAUAAUAUAGCAUAGAAAUAGUCCUAGAAUUGCGGGUCCUGGAUGGCUUCUACAAUAUUUACUUAGUCCUAUUAAUGUUUAUUGUCAUUAUCAUAACCAUUAUCAUCAUCAUUAUCAUUAUCAUAAGCAGAUGGAAUAACAUACAUGCACGAAUCAAAAGCUUUCUUACUAGGUAACUUGCUUAAGAAAGUGUCUUAAAGGAAAUUACUUGGAACUUUGUCGUCAGUUUUGCGGUUAAACGCACCUGACAAACGACUUAUGGACGAAUUCAACAAAACUGACAACAAAACUUUGACUCUGAAAAUGAAACAGUACAGAACCGGGCUGGUGUGAAGGGUAUAUAGUGUACUUUAGGAUUCUUUGGGUGGGCCGGGUGUGACGCUUGAAGUCGAGAAACUUUAGCACAUAGCGCAAUACUUAACACUGAACCUGCGGUUUUUUGAAGAAACUAAUACGAGGGUGACUAUUUUUGUUGCUCUGAUACGCUGAGUUGAGAGUAGAUUCAAAUUUUUCAGUUAUAGUCAACCAAAUUCUGUCAUUUCUAUGCCCCUUGAUCCGAAUUAAACUUUCUGAAAACCAUACCCUUGACAGCCAUGGAUAUAUAUGAAGGCCGUAUAUGGCAGUUUCCCCUUAAACCCCCCCCCCCCCCACCCUUCCCCGGACUAGGUAAGUCACACGUCGGUCAGUGGUUACACUCAUCUGGCCGAUUAAAUCCCACUUUGUAUGUAUUAUUAACGCAGAGGUAAUUAUUGACCCUGAGCGAGUAAUCGUAGAUUUUAAAAAAUUAUCUGACUUUGAAUUUUACCGAAUUGACCAUCUUUACUUGCAUCAAAGAGAGUUUAGAUAAAGUAAUGUUUCUAAUUAUUUAUUCUUAGAAACCCAGGGUCUAGAGAAAGUCCCAUUAGAGAAAAGGAAAGCCUGGAUCUUCAAGACAUAUGAUGAGCAACUUAAAGAACUUAAGAUAAAUUGUAGCAUGUAG